CUGACCGGCGGCAUCGGCGACGAGGUCGCGAGCCUGGUGACCGCGCAGCUCUUGUUCCUGGAAUCGGAGAACCCGACCAAGGACAUUUCGGUCUAUAUCAACAGCCCCGGCGGCCUCGUGACAUCGGGCCUCGCGAUUUACGACACGAUGCAGUACGUGCGGCCGGCGGUGGCCACGCUCUGCAUCGGCCAGGCGGCCUCCAUGGGCUCGCUGCUGUUGGCGGCCGGCGCCGCGGGGCAGCGCUUCACGUUGCCCAACGCCCGCAUCAUGCUGCACCAGCCGUCCGGCGGCUUUCAGGGGCAAGCGACCGACAUCGAGAUUCACGCCAAGGAGAUCCUUUCGCUGCGUCAGCGCCUCAAUGAGAUUUACGUGAACCACACCGGCCAGGAUAUUGCGGUCAUCGAGGAUAGUCUGGAGCGCGACAAAUUCAUGACUCCGGACGAAGCCAAGGAGUUCGGGAUCGUGGACGAUGUGGUCUCGCAGCGGCCGGAGGCUGCCGACGAAUCGGAUGACAAGGGCGGCGCCAAGAGGGGAAGCUAG